CCAAUGCUAGGCAGCACGUGCAUGUGGCAGUGCGUCUUGCUGGUGUGCUGAAAGCCUGCUUUUCCCAGCGCAGACUGCAAAGUUCAGGCACAGCAGGGGAACAUAUAAUUAAACAGAGCCAGACUGUUCAGUGGGCAGUCAGUCACGGAUAUUUAAUUAGCCAGGGCUGGCGGCUGCUUAGGUUCUUGGCUGUGGAUGGAAGAUCAACAACUGGCAGGUUCCGUAGGUUUAAUGUACGUGGCAGUUGCAUUAAACCCAAGAUCACAAAUACGUGCUGAUAUGUUAUGUUGGAAAAAAUUAUCGAAAAUAGCAGGACACUAAACUGGCAUUGCAUUUAUUUACUUAUCAUUACUUUACAUUACGAUCCCUUUUGAGUACUGAGUGUUUUUGUUAUUGCAUCUUGCUUACUAUGUGCCAAUGAUAAAUAAAAGAGGGGCUAUUCAUUAAUGCACGAAUGGAUGUCCAAUAAACAAAAUGUGAUUGUAAUUUGUAAUUUAGCUUAGGUUUGUCAGUUGGGUAUUCAUUUAAGUCAAUUUUGUGUCAAAUUUAGAGAUCAACACUCUAUGUUGAUUGAUUAAUAUAUUUGAUGUUUAUUAAAAACCAAGUUCAAAAUGCCGAGUUUCAUGGAACAGAAAUUCAUACAUUCAAUAAAUUAUAGUCUGACAUUUCAGCCUUUUUUGCAAGUGGUAUUGUUGGGAUGGCACAUCCUCUGACAUUCUAUAUUUAAAAGACAUUUAUAUUCGGGAAAGUAGUGUGUGGGCACAGGCAAGUCUGCCUACUCCAUUUAAAUAUUUAAUUUGAAUAUUUAAAGUCUUAAUUUAAUUUAUUUUCAGCAGGUUCUUAAAGACACACGAUUGAUUUCGACACAUAAAUCCCUAUUCCUAUAACCAAUACAGCUUAUGUUAGCUUUUAUGCUACAAGCAAUCUUUGGGUGUAGCCUCUCCAAUUUUCUAAAAAAACUUUAAAGUGGUUUGAAGAAACACUGCUUUUCCAGGAUCGACAGCCUGGCCCCUCUGUUACCACUGAGACAACACAGAGAUUUAACUUCCAUCUUUUUUGUACAAAUCUAUAGAUGGCAGUGUACAAAUAUAAUGUAGUCUCCAGUCUUGGGAUUCCUGGCAUGUUAAGGGGCGAGGCAACUAUUGGAGACAACUUAAUUUACUGCAGCUCCACUGCUGGUCGACUGCCCCACAGAGAUGCAAAAUGGCACAAUCAGUACAGGAGUCGAAAAAAAGGCACCUAAAUCCUUUGCCCUCAUUUCUAUGCUAACCCAAAGCCCCAAGCUUGUAAUAAAUCCAGCAUCCAUGUCAAGCUACCCAUAUUCUACAAUUGCUGGAUUGUGGAGAGGGAGAUACAAAGGGAAAGAAGGAAGGGGAAAAAAGAUAUGACUGAAUGGGAAAGGAAGAGGAGAGAAUGGGACAUAAGAUAUAACUGAAAUUAGGAAGGGAUAUAAGAAGAUAUGUUUUAUGUGUCUAUUAUUUUAGAUGUACUCAUUUGCAAAUAUAAAAAUUUAAGUAACUGCAGGGUAAUGUAUGGCUUUUAAUACAUAGUUCCUUGCAUAAAAAUGAUACUAUGUAUUCAUUAGUUUUUAUGACAACACAUGGUCACUAUGAAGCAAUGCUUCAAAAUAUUAAUUCCUGGUAAGCAAAUAAUAUUAUUCACUGGGGAUUCACAAAAUCACCAAUUUACUCUGGCAUCCAGUGAACUGCACAGCUGCGGAAAUGUAUCUUUAAAAGGGAAAUCCCAUUUGCAAAUUUCAAUUAAAAGUGUGGAGUGAGUGUUAUAUUUAGUAGGUUACAAAUUAAUCAUUGGAACGUUUCCCUCCCAAAUCCAACACAACAUACACAUGCAAGAAAAUGCCUUGCACACUCUGAAGAGUAUUUUGGUUCAAGAAACAGACCUAAUAGCUAUGUAUAUUAGACGCCAGGUCAAGUACCACAGUCUAAUACUAACUUGAAAGACCACUAUAGUGCCAGGAAAACAUUCUUGUUUUCCUGGCACUAUAGUGCCCUGAGGGUGCCCCCACCCUCAGGGUCCCACUCCUUACCUUUCUCCAGCGCCGGGCUCCCUCGGUGCUGGAGACUCUCCGUCUCCUUUCCCCGUCAUCCGCGCAGGCAUUCAGCCAGUCUCAUAGGAAAGCAUUCUCAAUGUUUUCCUAUGGACGCUGGCAUCUUCUCACGGAAGUGCCUCUAGCGGCUGUCAAUGAGACAGCCACUAGAGGAUGGUUUAGCCUGUAGGUAAACAUAGCAGUUUCUCUGAAACUGCUAUGUUUACAGCAGCAAGUGUUAAUCCUAGAUGGACCAGGCACCCAGACCACUUCAUGAGGCUGAAGUGGUCUGGGUGCCUAUAGUGGUCCUUUAAUAAUAGAUGUGACCGAUUUCCAUGGCCAAGGUAAGGCCAGGAGUUUUAUUUGUAAUAAACACAGAGAAGCACAGUUGUGUGUUGGUCAAUGGCUACAGCAAUGUAUUAAAGAGAAACUGUUUCUUCUCUGGAAUAAAAGAGUAAAAAGUAUCUAUAAUUCGUGUUAAGCUUUUUAAUAAAAAGCUCUAUUUAAAAAUAAAAUUAUAUUACAGAUUUAGCAAAUUACAUCAUAAUACAAUUCUGACAAGGCAAAGCUAGGGUAAACAUUGCAAUUAAAGAGAACUAAAAACAUUUUUACAAUUCUCAUCUUCUCUGUAUACUGCCUGUGAUGGUAAUCACCAGGGCCAGAUUAAGAGCCCAGUGGGCCUGGUGCUGACAAUUAUGAGGGGCCUAAUUACAACAUCUUAUUGACCAAAAACACUAAAACAGUCCUACCUCCCAAGCGUGAUCUAUCUGAUGGAGAUGGUGCUGCAGGGAAACUCAUAGGAUGCAGCUAUGAGAAAACACAUACCCUACACUAAUCUCACGCUUUCAUCUUUCAAGUAAAUCCAUACCCACUAACUGCAGUGUCCAGUAAAGCAGGAAGUCUAUGGAUGUGAUAAAAGGGUGGGCCACUGACGCAAAUCACAUAACCAGAACUGCCGAAAGGGGUGAACAUACCCCAAAAGGGGGCAUGUCUGUGUCCCCAUGUCUCCCAGUCCCUUAGUGUCUGUGUCCCCAUGUCUCAAAGUGUUACUAGGACACUAGGGGACAUUGAGAGACAUGGGGACACUGGGAGACAUGGGGACACUGAGAUACUAGGGAACACUGGGAGACCUGGGGACACUGAGACACUUGGGGACACUGGGAGACAUGGAGACACUGGGCGACUUGGAGACACAAGGGGACACUGGGAGACAUGGGGCAAUGAGACACUGUGAUACAUAGGGACACUGUGAUAUAUAGGGGACACUGUGAUAUAUAGAUGACACUGGAGAAUUGAUAAAGACCUGGGUACAGGUCAAAAUGUUGCAGUGUCCAAUAAACCUGCUUAAAUCUAUCACAGUGAGUGCCUGAGAUUUUUUCUUUUAUACUAGGGGACACUGAGACACUUGGGGGCACUGGGAAACAUUGGGACACUGUGAGACGUGGGGCACUGAGACACUCUGAUACAUAGGGGGCACUGGAGACUUGAUAAAGACCUGGGUCCAGGUCGAAGCAUUGCGGUGUCCAAUAAACCUGCUUAAAUCUAUCACAGUGAGUGCCUGAGAUUUUUUUCUUUUAUACUAGGGGACACUGAGAGACAUGGGGACAUUGGGAGACAUUGGGACACUGGAAAACUAGGGGACUUUGGGAGACUAGGGUCCCUUGGGAGACAUGGGGCCACUGUGUCCCUAGUGUCUCAGGGUCCCUAUGUUCCCCAGGGUCCCUAUGUUCCCCAGUGUCCCUAUAUCUCCCAGUGUCCCCAAGUCUCACAGUUUCCCCUAGUGUCUCAGUGUCCCCAAGUCUCCAAGUGCCCCCUGGUGUCUCAGUGUCACCAAGUAUCCCUAUGUUUCCCAGUGUCCCCAAGUCUCUCAGUUUCCCCUAUUGUCUGUGUCCCCAGGUCUCCCAGUGCCCCCUAGUGUCUCAGUGUCCCCAUGUCUCACUGUGUCCCCUAGUGUCUCAGUGUCCCCUAGUGUCUGUGUCUCCAUGUCUCCCUGCAGCCUUUCCCCCCACUUACCUGAGCUUUGGCUGUCUCUGCAGGCUCGGGGCUGCUGUCUGGACUCUGUGCAGAGCUGCUUCCCCAGCCCAUGGAAUAGGCCCAUUGAUUUAAAAAAAAAAAAAUUAAAUCAAUGUGCCUAUUCCAUGGGCUUGGGCCUGGAGCUGCAGCUCCAUCAGCCCCUAUGUUAAUCCGGCCCUGGUAAUCACCAUCACCAGGAGUUUCAGAUGAACACUUUAUGUAGGACCCUGGACUACUCCAAUGUCUAAGUCACCUUGUGCCCAUUACAGGUGCAGG